UGCUCGAGCGUGUUGAAACGGACUAGUCGCGUUAAUGCUAGCGUGGCGUGAGGAUCUGUGAGCGGUUUUGAUGAUAUUUGAGGCCUCCGAAGACAGUUGCGAGAUGCCUCCUUCAAAGGGGAGACGCGGAGUCAGCGACGCUGAUGAUGAAAGUGACGAUUACAGAAAACGCAGGGACAGGAAUAACGAGGCAGUAAAAAAGAGCAGAUUCAAGUCAAAGCAGCGAACACAAGAAACAUUCACCCGAGUGAGUAAACUAAAGGCCGAGAACCAAAUGCUAGAAGACAAGGUCAAGACCCUCACGAAAGAGCUCCAGUUCCUCAAAGAGUUGUUCCUGGCGCAGGCCACCAAGGCACCCAACCCUAAACUAGAGGGUGUUGAUCUGGAGAAACUUCUAGAGGACAUACCUGAUGAAAAGAAGUAGAUUUAAGGGAAAUUUACAUAGAACUUAGGGCCACCC